GGCAAACAUCACGCAACACGAUUCAACCCAAGCAAGCUACUUUAAGUGGAGUUCUAAUAUUCUAAAGCAUAUGCAAGGGCCAAAUAUCAUGCUUGGACAGAGUGUUGUAACAUGCCGCUAUAAAUGUUUCUCGUUUAUCACUAUUCCAUCUUGAGGCUCCUAAACAGUGAAUUACUGCAAAAGAUGGAGCAGGACCACUUGGCUGAGUCACUCAGUGACCUUUUCACGAAUGUUUCCACGAUGAUUAGAGGCGAACUCCAGGAAACGAACAAUGUACUUGGACUUGUAGAAAAAAUGAAUACAAGAGUUGCUGAGGAAUAUAAAGGCUUUGGAGACGUGGCUUCAGGAUUGAGGAUCUUUGUGGAGCAAUUGAAGUCUAAAAGUGGCAGCUUUGACGAGUAUGUUCAACAGAUUGACACGAUAGAACAACAGGUUACAGAAUUUGAAGCUGUUAUUUCGAUGCUUGAUAAGUAUGUUUCUCUGCUGGAAUCCAAAGUGCAAUCUGCUUACCAAAUUCCUCCACCAUGAAUCAGCGGUUUUAUCUUCUUCUUUUUUUCUUUCUAUUGCAAUACCUUAAGAGCUGUUCCUGGAUCUUAUUGAACUUGAUAUUUGUAUGUUAUCAAGCAAUGCAAUACAGAUUAAAAAAAAAAAGAAUUUACCAA